UGCCCAAUACAAAUAAACAAACAUCCAUAAAACAAUAAACUAGUAGAAAAUUCCAAAAGUUUUAGCCCUCUGCAAACCAGAUAUUUAUCUUUGGCAUUAAUAUUCUGAUUCAUACUCCCAGAGUGAUCCAGAUUUUCAGUGUAUUUUUAAAAAUCCUGAUAGGAACUUCCUGUUACCGCUAUUACUUUAUUUAUUAAUAAAAUGCAUAAUACAAACAAGAAUUCAUGCGAGCGAAAAGUUUUUUCCGAAAGGGACAAAUUGUUGCUUAUAUCAUUAGUUGAUAGUUAUAAGCACAUACUAGAAAAUAAGAAAACAGAUGCCACCAACGUCGAAAAGAAAAAUGGGGCCUGGAAGGAAAUUACAGAUCUAUAUAAUGCAAAUGAUGUUUGUCCUAGAACUGAUAAGCAAUUGAGAAAAUUGUGGGAGAAUUUGAAACAAAGAAAUGAGAAAAAGUUUAAUUCAAACUGGAGGUGGACCACCAGUGAAAAGUGA